AUGGGUAUCCACGGUGUUAUCUUGAAAUUGGAAGCUAAAUGUACUGUCAAACUAAUAAUUGAAAACAUCUGCAUACUUUUAAAUAGAACAAUUCAUUUCAAUAUCCAAAUAGUACGGGACAAGAUUCAUAUGACUUACAAUAGAAAACUUUUAAAAUAUGAACAAACUGAGAUUUCUAAUUAG